AUGUUUUAUACGCAUUUUAUUAUUAUUACCGCUCCAGGCUUAUUCACAUCCUGUGCGCACAAAUCAGAUCCCUCGCCAAGUUCCGGACCAGCCAUGGUAUUUGCACACUAUACCAUGUAUGCUGCUCGCUGGUAUUCUCCCGUUCGGUGCCGUAUUCAUCGAAUUAUUCUUCAUUUUCUCGGCAAUAUGGGAGAAUCAGUUUUAUUAUUUGUUCGGCUUUCUCUUUAUUGUUUGUUUGAUUCU